UUUCGUAUGAUUACAUAUGGCGUCUUUUUAGUUCGGAGUAUAGUUUAAUUUUGACGUCGACCGGCUUGAAAAGAGUGCGACGGUGUAAUUUUUUAUUAAAAUGUCAAAUUCCAAUGAAUUUUCUGACUGGCAAGAAUCAGUCCUAUUCGAAGAUGAUGUAUAUGAUCAGUUGCGCAAGGAAAUCAUGGAUAACAAUCUACCUUUAUUAACAAAAGAAAUAAUGGAAGAUAUGCCAGAAGAAAAAUAUAAUGUACGCAAUUAUUCAAAUCAAGAAAAUCCAUUAGAAGAGCAAGAUCAAGAACAGUUUUAUCCAAGACCUGAAGCCAUCCCUACAAAGGAAGAAUUUCCUGGACAUCUGAAUUUUCAACUACUUUUACCAAAUCAGAAUGCACCAAAACAUUGGGUGUACUCACAAAAUCUUCAAAAAGUAUUUAUCAAUAUGGAACAAACACUGCCUUUACGAUUCAAAUGGGAUCCACCUUUGGAUGGCUUAUAUUUGCGCACAUCCAUGGUAUUUAGUUUGGAUCAAUACAGAAAUGAUCCAGUACAAAGAUGCCAUAAUCAUAUGGCACAAUCAAAUCGUAGCAAUCAAGACAUAGAUCCCAGGAUAAUUAAGCACGUUGUUCGUUGUACAGAUCCAUUAAGUAUGUACGAAGAAAAUAACGAACAUUUAUCUAUAGUUACACCGUUGCGUACGCCACAAGUCGGUUCGCAAUAUGUACAAAUGUAUUUUAAAUUCUUUUGUAAAAAUAGUUGUACAUCGGGCAUGAAUCGUAGACCUACAGAGCUUGUAUUUACGUUAGAAGAUCAUAUGUACAAGGUUAUUGGGCGCCGUAGAUUAUUGGUUAGAGUCUGUAGUUGUCCAAAGAGAGAUAAAGAAAAAGAGGAAGCUGAAGUUAUGAAUACUUUACCUAAUUCAAAAAAAAGAAAACUUUCAGCUUCUCAAAAUAAAAAAGUUAUGUUACCGUCAUACGAUACGCAUGUUUAUAAUGUUCAAUUAAAUAUUGUUGGCAAAGAAAAUUAUUUGGCGGUAAUGAAAUAUGCGUAUGAUGUUAUGGCCGGCCAAGCAUCGCGAACAGGACAAUUCGAAUUUUUUAAACCUUACAUGGAUGACAUAUUACAUAAAAUGCCGUAAUUUUUUUAAUUAGAAUAUACAUUUGUUAUUAUUAAUUGAACAUUCCACAGAUUUUAAUAAAAAAGAAAAAAAAAGAAAACAAAAAAGAAAAUAGUAAAAAAAAGAAAGAAAAGAAAAAGGAAAAAAAAAAGAACCAUGAAUAAGUUGUUAUAAUUUUAAUCAUUGUUACGAUCAUAAGAUAUUCUAAACGUCUUGUAAUAAAAUUUUUAUGUAAGAA